AUGCCCGCCUUCCCCGUCCAGUGCGCCCAGUGCCAGGAGCUCUUUCGCAGCCAGGCCAGCUUCGACGAGAUGCACAGGCCCGAGACCGGCCACUCCUCCGUCUUCAUCUGCCUCGAGUGCUUUGACACCUUCGACAACGACCCCGACCGGAGGCAGCACAUGCUCGCCACCCGCCACCGCCCCCCUCUCGGCAUCUGGUCUGCGCUCGCUGCCUCCCGUGGGAUGGCCGAGCUCGAGCCGGGGGAGACAACCGCUGCCCCGCCACCCACGGAACCCGCACCGGCGGGCCCCUCGAGUCCGACUCCGACUCCUCCGACUCCGACUCUAGUCCCGAACCCGACUCCGACUCCGGCCCCUCCCCAAGAGUCUCGUUACAUGUGUCCUACUUGCAUGGCGCCGUUCCGAACUCGCAAGGUCUCGCGGCCGUGCGUUGUCCUCGCCCCCUCUCCCGUCCCCGUUUGCGCUGACGCCGCACGAUCAACCCCGCUGCAGCACAUCCAGAGACCAUUACUGGGAUGCCCCCGCGCCGCGCAUCCCAAAUGCAAGCCCUGUGGGCGAGGGUUCGUCGACGAGGCCGCGCGGCUCACGCACAAGGUAGAUUGCCCUAUUUCUCCGAGUCGCGCCGCAGGCAAGCGCCCGGCCACCGCGAGGCCUCCCUGGAGCAAUUCGCCCCAGGCUGCCACCCCGGCUACUCCACCACCGCAGCCCCCUGUUGUCGAGCAACCCUCGCUCCCCAGUGUGUUCUCCAUGAGGAUCGCCGAGGAGGAACCGCCUCCGCCUGUAAACGGCCGACCAACGGCGGCAUUCGGCCGCACCAACCACAAAUGGCGCGCCCUCGGUCUCAGGGUCCACCGUGUUUCCCUCCAGAACCACAUCUCCCUCCGCGGUGUCCAUAUCGUCGUCCUGGGGGCGACCGCCCAGCGUCAACAGCCCCUCUCCCAAGGAGUCCCCGCUCGCGACCCCCGUCACGGUGCCGUUGCCAGUCGCCCCGCCACCCCGGACGAUCCGCCCCCCUCGGCAGUCCGCCGCGGGCCCGGCCAAGACCCUCUCGUGGCACUGCAGGGCCUGCAUGCGGGAUCCGUGCCGGGAGCCGGUGACCACGGUCUGCGGACACGUGUUCUGCCGCAGGUGAGCGACCGUUCCACCCACUGCUUCCUGCGGGAGCUGGACACGAAGAUGUGCUGCCCGGUCUGCAAGACGCUGUUCCUGGUUCGGCUGCAUGUCGCGCUUGACGUGUGA